AUGGACGGCGGCGGCCUCGACGAUUUGUUUCCUCCGCAGGAGAUCAUGGCCCAGUUAUUCGACCCUACAGAUGAAGGAACUAUGGAGACAGACCUGGAUGACGAGCGAUUCCUUCCGGAUGCCCAUGCACAUGUUGAUGUGGACCUUACGCUUCCGGACGACACAGCGAACGUGCCACCUCUAAAGCGGAUCCACGAUGGCACCGAGAGAGAUGCGAAGCGAGUGAAACAAGGCGAGCCGGGAGCCAUCGGCGCCACUAUCAGUCCGCCACCACUGCAUGACACGAGUGAACAUGACGACAAUAAACUCCAUAACGAUGACAUAUCGAUGGGAGACGAGCUAUCCUGUGUCGCCAAACCAUCGGACCCAUCAACAGCGUCCGCACGCUGCUCCACCACAAAGGUAUUGAUGCAGCAGUCCACACCUCAGAGAAGUUCCAAGCAGUGUCUCCUGUGCAAAUCAAACAAGGGGGUCGUGGUGCUGUGUGUCGGCUGUUGGGUCCCAGUGCAUACCGCGUGCAUUCAAGGCAACAAGUACUGCGGCAGCUGCACGAUCGCCCUCACAAGUCGUCGGAUCGACCUCAACAUCAUGACAGACAACGACCCGAGGACACACGCGGUUGUACGAGCCGUGGGGUACCUAACGUCAAUCCUGUCGGACCCGCCCAAGUUCAAACUCGUGGGUCACGUGGCAUCGCUGUACUUGCACCAACUGGCGGCGAAUGCCUCCCCGCCUGUGAAACUACUCGUGCAACAGUUUCUGCCCCAGUACUCCCAUCAAUGGCUCACGGCCACCCGCGCUCAAUUCCAACACUCGAAGCAACUCUCGCCAAAACAGAUCAUCGCCACUUUGGCUGGCUUGGCUGGGCUACACCACGCGCACAUGCCGAACGGCCUCGUCGCGUCUCUUCAAUGCCACGCACAAAAGUACACGGCAGUCGACUUCUUGGGGUGGAAUCCCACCACGGAAAGCAUCGACAAGGUCAAGUUCCCCGCGCUGUGCGGCGGCUGCGGCCUCCGUCCGGCGCGGCUGCACCUGCCCCAGUGCUGCAACCGCCCCGUCACGGUCCCGUCGACCUUUGAACGGUUCCGCGCGGCGAUCGUCGUGGCAGCCCACGCCGAACAAGUGGGGGUGUCCAUUGGCUGCACCUUUCUCGACGUGUUUGCGCAGUGGGGCCGCCUCCGUCCCGCGUACAUCAAGCACCCCACGACCGCCUACGAUCAGGCUGUGUUGACCGACCAGUGGAAAAUGAUCUGCACCGUCCUGGACGUGCUCAGCGUCCACGGCUCUCGCCUCCUACCCCCGCAGCUGCUCGAGCUAGAGCUGGCCGUCCUCUCCAACAUCGACCAGCUCCAGCGGUGGCUCACGCUUGGCAACGUCGACCUCUUCGGCAUGGCGCUGUACUCGCUCACACUCUUCCCCCACACCGGCUCCGUCGUCGACGUUUGCCAGGACGUCUUAGUCGAAACGCAGCACCCCACACUCGGCUACUGGGGCCCCCACGACGACGUGAUUCCGUUCCUCGAUCUCUUGCGCUUCAAGACCACCGUGUCGUGCCUCAAAGCGUUGAUCCCAAGGCGACCGAUGGGAUUUGGGCCGAGUCAUGUGGAUUGCUGGGCGUAUUUGCAAGAAUGGGCGCGGCAAAAAGCCGUGCCUUGUGGCGUUGCCACGUCAUCGCGGCGAUUUGGCAACCUCCGCGACCUCUACAGGGGGCAAGUGGGAACGUCGGACGAGUCAAACAACCCGCUCCUGGCGGCGGUGCAGCAGUACCUGUCGACACGCGCCGUCGGCAAACAAUCGGAACAUCCCCCGGUGCCCGUCGGUCAAGGCGGGUCGUCCGGGUGGAAGCGCUACACCCGCGAGUGUGUCCGGCACGUGGCGCCCGUCGUAUCGCACGCGGCGCUGACUAUGAACGACCUGUCCAUCUUUGAAGGCCUCAAGUUUGAUAAUGGCGAAGUGUUUGAUCUGUCCCAAGCCACCACCGGCACCACCCUCGACGACGCGAUUGAUGUAGAGGAAGUGGACGACGACGACGACGACGAAGAUCAAGUAGAACAAGAUGCAAUUGGUCAAGAAGACCUCGAAGAAGACUGGCAAGUUACCUCAUGA